AUGGAAUAUCAUCCGUCAGUGGAGCAUUGGUCGUUCUCAUUCAAUUAUGAGGCGAAAUGUCGUUUCUGCAUGAGCGAACCUUUUAUAACCCAUGAGCACAAAAGACAUUUACAGCACUUGGCUGAAAUUAAUGUCGAAUAUUUGGCAACAGUGGCGAAGCGACUCUUGGGGAAUUUGAAGGAGGCAAACGGCCGCUCGGUGGAUAGCCUGCAAAAGGAGACGUCUAUGGAAUUAAAGAAGGCGUUAGACAUAACCUCCCGAACAACUACAACACCCACUACUACCGCUACCAAUACAGACGUCGCUUUCCGAAAUACGUCUUCAAGAGGCCGUCGCCUCUUUGUACCUCAACAACUCUCGCCGGGUACGCUUGACUUGGUCACACGGCUAAGUAUUAAUGACAACAAGUCGGACGAUGAACGCACGUUUUGGCUCACCCCGCCCAGUAAUAGUAUAUCUGAAGAGCUCUCAUGGUUAGCGAAACUUCCUGUUGGUUGCAGGUUGACAACAGACUAUUCAAACUACAUGCCAACUGGGAUACCGGCAUAUGUGCUGAAAAAACUGAAAAAGUUUAAUUUUGUCGAACAAUUUGAAAUCUGUAGAUUUUUCCACCCAUUCGGUUUAUUGGAUUGGAAGGACUUUGACCCAGAUGUACUCCGAGCUUGUGCUGGAAAUGAGCUGUAUGAUGUUUUAAAACAUAUGUAUAUUGAGAGAGGCUAUGGCACUGAGCUCGACUCGUAUGCAAUACCAAGACGAGGAUUUAGUCGUGUAUGGACAUUAAUGGAAGGAGGUGUUAAUGUUGACCAGGGUAUAGUUUUCCUCGCAAAAUUAACAUUAUCAAACAGUCGAUAUUUAAUUAGUUUGGAUCCGAUAAAGGUUGGACGAUCCAAGAGAUUUUAUAGAAAGUUCGGAUCCGAACGAUUUCUACUUGUUCGGCUGUCGGAGAGCAUUAGCGGUAUCUCUGUAAAAGUCUUAGAGAAGCUAAAGAGGCAGUUAUUGCGCCCUAUAGAUUUGUUGGGGCGAAAGUAUGAAAUGUUUUAUGGAAAAGAUGGAACGUUUUAUUACUUUGCAACUAGUGGACCGGGCUUGGAGCGCAAGCCUCUGUGGGACAUUAUAAACUGGCACAUACCAGUUUCGUACCAAGACAUAAAUAUGACAUUUAACAAAUUUUUUAGUAGAAUUUCGUUGGGCCUCUCCAACACAAGGUCAACCAUCGUAUUCAAACCGGACGAAAUACGGCUCGUAGAUGACCAAUAUGCAAUAGGAAGGAAUAACAAGAAAUUCUGCAUGACUGACGGCUGUGCGGCGAUAAGUCUCGGGGCGAUGAAAAAAAUUGCAGAUAUGCUGAAUGAAACGGUGACACCAUGUGCUAUGCAAGGGCGCAUAGGAGGAGCAAAAGGGCUAUGGUAUAUAGAUCCCAUGAUGGAUAGCAGCGGAAACUGGAUUCAGAUAAGAAAAAGUCAGUUAAAAUAUUGGAUAUAUGGUAAAGACGAGAAAUUACUCAAAGAAAGAGCAGACGAUGAGCUUUUGAGAACCUUGGAUGUUUGUAAAGUUUUUCAAGCACCAAGGAUUCCCGGUUCGUUAAACAGUCAAUUCAUACCUGUCCUGGCUUACGGAGGGGUUAAUGUAAACGUUUUUACAGAAAUUCUUAAAGAGAACAUUGAGAAAUUGAAAUCCGCUGUGAUUAACUGCAACGAUCCGAUAAAAUUAAUCAAAUGGUUAGAGGAUACGGGUAAUUUGAUGAAAAUGAGGUUGGAUGAAUCCAAUUAUGGUCCGUCAUGUGGAACAAUUGCCGAUACCUCUUCAGACUAUAUGUCGGAUGACAUUCCCACGAUAUCAGCCAUGCCAAUGAAUAACGGUGAAAUAGCAAUAGACAUGCUAGCUGCUGGUUUUACUCCCAAAGAGUGUCCAUUUCUUGCUCGGAAGAUAACCCAAUUUCUCAAAAACGCCGUGAAGACAAUGACACGGAAAUUCCGUAUAAUAGUCCCGUUAUCACGUGUAGUUUGCUGUAUUGCUGAUCCAACCAAUACACUUGGACCAGAGGAAGUAUUUCUCCAGUUGGAUGGGAAUGCGGGGAGAGAUGAAAAAAGUGGAUGUCCAUUUGGUGUCAUAGAAGCUGAUAUGUUAUUAGCAAGAAAUCCCGCUUAUCUUCCUUCUGAUGCGUGGAAGGUGAGAGCCGUCAGAAAAGCAGAGUUGUUGGGUUAUCGCAACGUGGUGGUAUUUCCGACACGAUUAGGACCUACGGACGAAGGAUCAAUUGCGAAUAGGUUGAGUGGCGGGGACUAUGAUGGAGAUACCAUAUUUUGUUGCUGGGAUCCUAGAAUAGUAAAUGAUUUCCACAACACCCAAGUACAUCAAAUUAGACCCGAGGUGGAGGAGGCGUUUUGCAAGAACGACAAGAAAGUAGUGGACAUUCUAAAAGACAUUAGAGAUACCAAAUCUGCCGAACGUAUUAUUCAACAAAAAAUUGUUGAUACAUUAUUUGAAGACAUAACGAACCAACUGGGCCUGUAUUCAUUUUAUCACCAAAUAUGGUCAGCCAAAUUUGGCAUAGACCACGAAAAAUCUAUAUACUUCGGUCAGAUGUGCGCUAAACUCGUCGAUGCGACGAAACAAGGACUUAAAUUGAAGGAAGGCAAAACCCAAGCCGAUGGUCGAGAAGUCAGCAAGCUCGAUUGGCCACAGUGGUUUGUGGACCAGCGUGAAAAAAAAAGAGGAUACAAUAGUCUCGACUUGUUGGACAACCCGGAUGCAUCUUCUAUAAGACGAUCGGGAUCGCAGUCUCCGCUAGAUAUUGUAAAUGAAUAUAUGAAAAAAGAACUGAGUAUAUUCAAUUCGAACAAUUUUACUAUAAUAUCCCAUACUACGAACGAUCAGGACCAGCAUAUAGGACGGUUUUGGCAGAAGGAAAUAGAACGAGCGGGAAUGAUGAAGAAGUUGGGCGAUAGUAAUUAUCUAGAAGAUUUACAGUUAAUCCGUAAAUCGAUGGACAAUUUGGUAAACGAGUUCAAUAGAACGUAUCGAGACGCGAUGGAUGAAGAAAAGGAACGGGAAAACAUAAUACGCCAAAAGUCUCACAGAAAACGCGCCGUAAUGUCUCCGUGUUCUCCCUUCCCUGACAACAAAAUGGCAGACAUCGAUGAACUUUUCUUGUAUAAAUUCCGCACGACCCCAACACCCUCGAUGUAUAAAAACCUUCACCUAAGAUGUACAGAGCGAAGAUCGGUAUAUAAUGCAGCAUUAGACCUAGAAAUGAAAUUGAAAGCAUGCGCAUUAUAUUUAGCGAGUUUUAGAAAAAAAGACGAUGGGAAAUGUUGUUGGGCGCUUGCAUUUAGAGAGCUCUGCAAUAUCAAAGCUUCUAUGGUUGAGGCUGAUGAGAGCAUUGGAUAUCCGAAAAUGACCGGUGGUGCGAGAGCUGUAAUGGGAAGUGUAUGGAAGACCAUGAAGGUGGAUAGGCGAUGGUUAAUUAGAAGUGGGAAUUGA